AUGUAUCUUUUUUUGGAUGCACUUGAUGACAAAUUUUAUACAAAUCCACUUUGGUAUCGAUUACUUUAUAUGCCACUUAUAUUUACAUUAUUUCGUUUUCGAUUUUAUUCAGCUUGGUUAUUAGCUGAAUGUAUGUGUAUGUCAGCAGGUUUUGGAGCUUAUCCAUUAGCUAGUAAACCUAAACCAGGUCAAGGUCCAACAGAUCUUGUUGCUUUAAAACACGCUUAUGAACAAGCACCAAAUACAAUAGUUUAUGAUUUUGAAACUGUUCAUAAUAUAGAUGAAUGGAAAUGUGAAUCAGCAUUAACAGUUAAAGAAGUACUGAGAUAUUGGAAUAUGAGUGUUCAAUAUUGGAUGGCAACAUGUAUUUAUAAACGAAUUAAAUGGCGACAAAUAGCUCAUCCAGUUACUAUGUUUGUUUCUGCUUAUUGGCAUGGUAUUCAUUUGGGUUAUUAUAUGGGUAUGGUGACAACAACUCCAUGUAUUCUUGCUGAAAAUGUUAUGGAAGCCGGUGUACGUCGUCAUAUUCCAGCAAAUAGUCGAUGGAUUCGUGUUUAUGAUAUUUGUUCAUGGUUUUUUCGUACACGAAUGUUCGAUUAUAUGUCGAUCGGUUUUAUUCUAAAACAUUUUCAUUAUACAUGGAAAUAUUGGAAAAGUGUUUAUUUUAUUGGUCAUGUUAUUACAUUGAUAUUAUAUAUUAUUGGUAUAAUAGCAAUACAAAAACGACCAAAAGGCAAGAGAAAAGAAAUCGUUAAUAAAGAUCUUGGUAUUGGUGCACAACCAAAAGCAUCUGAAGAACAACAUCAACGACUUGAAAAGGAACAACAAGAACAUAAAAAAGAACUUUAA